AUGCUCUCGGAGCACACGGACAUUCUGUCCAAGUUUCGGCGGACGACCGUGCAGCGCCAAGCGCACUUGCGCCCAGCGUCGACGUCGGUCGUGACCAACGACGGCGGCGAGGACGAGUUUGACAUUCUGGAGCGCGCGGCCUUUCUGCACCCGGACGAAGACAAGCUGUUGCCCAAGCACGUGCUGACACCGCUCAUGCACAGUUUUCUCAGCGCGAUGGACGCAGGGUCGCCGGCCUGCCCUGCGAUUGGCAUCUCGCUCUCGGGCGGCGUCGACUCGAUGGUCAUCGCCUACUUGCUCGUCAAGCUUGCACCGCGCUACAACAACUUCAAGGUCGUUGCGGUGCACAUCGACUAUAAGAACCGCGCCGAGAGCACGGCCGAGGCUACGUACGUCGAGGCUUGGUGCAAGCCGCUCGGGAUCGAGUGCUACGUGCGGCGCAUCGACGAGUGCCAGCGCGCGACGACCAAGCGCGAAGAGUACGAGCGCAUCUCGCGCGACAUUCGGUACACGACGUACGCCGAGAUCAUGGCGCGCCACCGCAUUCCGGGCAUGUGCGUGGGCCACCACCGCGGCGACGUGCAGGAAAACGUCAUCUCCAACAUGAUGAAGGGCCAGUCGCUCCUCGGGCUCAACGGCAUGAGCACGUCGUCGACGGUCAACGGCGUGCGCAUUUGGCGCCCGCUGCUCGCGAUCGACAAGGACGCGAUUUUUGAUUUUGCCCAUGUCUUUGGCGUGCCGUACAUGAAGGACACGACGCCGCAGUGGAGCACGCGCGGGAAGCUCCGGCGACAGCUCAUGCCGCUGCUGCACGAAAUGUACGGCGCGGGCUACUUGAACAACCUCUCCAACCUCGGGCAGGAAGCCACCGAGUGCGCGAGCGUGCUCGAAACCAUGCUGCUGGGGCCGGUGCUGCAGACAGUGCAGCACUCGGCGCUCGCGGUGUGGAUCGACUUGACGCUGCUGGCGCCGCAGCCCAUGUUCAUUUGGAAGGAGAUUCUGCGCCGCGUGUGCCACGAGCGCAUGGGUGAGCGCAUGAUUCGCGACAAGCCGAUGCUCGAGCUCCAGCUCAAGGUCAUGAAGCCCCACAUGAAGGCGUCGUGGAUCACACUCAAGAAGCAAACCAAGUCGUUCAUGACCGACGACCGCCAGCUCCUUCUCUUCCGCGAGCCGGUCUUCCAGCACAAGGUCCCGCGCGGCCUCGAGAUCCCGCUGGGCACGACCACGCAGUGGCACAAGUGGACGAUCUCGCUCUCGGUCGAGCAGCCGUCGGAACUCGAGGACAAGCGACUCGACAUGUGGGACGUCGUCCGCGCGAGCGGCGUCGAGUACCUCCUCCCGCACGCGCCCAAGUACGUACUCGACACCGAAGACCGCGACGUGUCGCUUCGCAGCAUCGACAAGUGCCUCACGGACGCCAUGCCGCUGGUCGUGAACCGAGGCGUCUUCUCCGACUCGGACGCGGUCGUUCGCGUGCAGCUGCGCUACGGUUAACCUCCAUGGUAAUGCAUCCCGUUCAAUCCGACAGACGCCCUAUCUAUCGAUGUGU